GAGCCGUUGUGCGCGGGCGCGGCUGUCCGACGCGACCGCCACUAGAUUGUUGGAGCAGUGGCAGUGUGGCACCCACCAAGCGACGCGCCCACGCGGCCACAGCCACGGCCCAUCGCUUCCCGAACGCCGAAAAUCCGAACGCAAUGCUUUCGCCACCACCGCCUCCCACCGUGUGCGCUCUCCUCCACCCCUUCUCCCCUUCCUCCUCCGGCCACCCGCGCCAGCCCCCAGCCCACCACCACCUGCGCGUCCGCAGCUCGAAGGCCAACCCGCCGAGCCUCCCGAAGCCCAGCACCAGCUCCAGCAGCAGGCCCCAUCGGCCGCCGCCGCCGCCGCGCCGCCUGCACGGGGCGGACCGCCGCCUCAGCGCCCUCGUCCACCGGGGCGACCUCGACGCGGCGCUCCGGCUCGUGGGCUCCUCGCCCCGACCGCCCGAUGUGCCCCUCGCCAACAGGCUCGUCCGCGACCUCUGCCGCCGGGGCCGCCCCGCCGACGCCGCGCGCGUCGUCGAGGCGUGCGGGCCGGGUGCAACCGCUGCCACCUAUGGCGCGCUGACCGUCGGGUACUGCCGCGCGGGGCUGCUCGACGAUGCGCGCCGCGUCGUGGAUGCCAUGCCCGCGCAGGUGCAGCCCAGCGCGUACCCCUACAAUCCGCUCAUCCACGCGCUCUGUGAGCGGGGGCGAGUCAGGGACGCGCUCGAGGUGCUCGACGAUAUGCUCUGCCGCGGGUGCGCGCCUGACGUGGUCACCUACAACAUCCUCCUCGAGGCGGCCUGCAAGGGGAGAGGCUACCGGCAGGCCAUGGAGCUGAUCGACCUCAUGCGCUCCGAGGGGUGUGAGCCCAACAACGUGACGUACAAUGUCAUCAUCGACGCCAUGUGCAGAGAAGGAGAUGUAGUCUACGCCCGCGAGUUCCUCAACAGCUUGCCUUCUAAAGGGUGCAAGCCGAACACUGUCAACUACAACACCGUCUUGAAGGGUUUUUACAGUGCAGAACAAUGGGAGGACGCCGAGGAGCUUAUAGACGAGAUGGUCCGAGAGAAUUGCCCACUGAGUGAAGCAACGCUGAAUGUGAUCAUCAAUACCUUGUGUCGUAAAGGAUUGCUUCAGAAGAUGAUUCAGUUUCUAGAGAAAAUGGCAAAGCAUGGAUGCACGGCAAAUGUUGUUACUUACAAUGCUAUCAUCAAUGGACUUUGUGAGCAUGGGCAUGUGGAUAGCGCCUUGGAGCUAAUAAGAAAUAUGCAAUCUUAUGGCUGUAAACCCGAUAUCGUCACCUACAACACUUUGCUGAAGGGUUUGUGCAGUGCUGAGCGAUUGGAGGAUGCCGAGGGGACAAUAGCUAAGAUGAGCCAGAAUGAUUGCCCCCCAGAUAACGUGACAUUCAAUACUAUAAUUAGUCUCUUGUGUCAAAAAGGGUUGACAGUGCAGGCCUUCGAAGUUUUUAAGCAAAUGCCUGAGAAAGGCUGCAGUCCUAAUUCGAUCACUUACAGUACAAUAAUAAAUGGGCUUGCCAGGGCGGGCAAGAUGGAACUAGCCCUUGAGUUGUUGAAUGAAAUGGCCAGCAAAGGUAUUAGCUCAGAUAAACUUUAUCAGUUGAUAACUGAGUGUCUGAAUAAAGAAGAUAAAAUUGAAGAGGCGGUUCAGAUGGUUCAUAAAUUGGAAGAUGCAGGCAUAUCACCCAACACUGUUCUCUACAAUACAGUGCUCUCAGCGCUUUGCGGAAAUGGGAAAACAGAUCAUGCUAUUGAUAUGUUUACUUAUAUGGUGUCCCGUGGUUGCAUGCCUAAUGAAUUGACCUACACUAUACUCAUUGAAGGUUUAGCUCAUGAGGGCUAUUUCAAGGAGGCAAGAGAAUUGCUAAGUGAUUUGUGCUCUAGAGAUGUUCUUUGUAACAGCUUGAUCAAGAAUGAAGCUUUGUUGUUAGAUCAAAAUAAUAUUCACUCUUCUUGAGUCAUGAUGAAGUCAAGAGCUUGUGUGCACUUUUAACUUCAUUAUAUAACAGUGGUGCAGUAGGUUAACACUUACACAUUGCUUCAGUUUUGAUUGUAAAUUCUCUUUACUAAAGACAUGUUGUAGCUUAGAGCUUA